UUUUACCGGAAUUUUUGGUUUGGAGCACAUACAGUGUACUUCAUUGCCACUGCAAGAUAUUCCAGAACUUUGAGCAGAAGAGGAAUUAACCUUGGCUUAAAUGGCUUAUUAUAGUCCUAACUAGUUCAUUCCAGCACCAGGCCUGGUAUCCCUCCCUUAGCCCAUUAGUGUAGCUGAGGAGUAAGGCAUCAUAGCUCUGGUCUAAUGACACCCUGGGGCGAGUCAGCCAUGAAAAAGCCAUUCCGUCCCUCAGAGACUAGGAGGGCCCCAAAAGCAGGAUCAGGAAACUUUCUUUACUCACUGUUAAUAAUCAUUAAACUCCAUCCCAAUCUGCACAUGUGCAUGCAUUUUCAUGUUCUGUAAUUUCACUGUCCUCUAUAUCCCGAAAGCCCUUCAACUUUUCCCUGCUUGGAACAAUCCUGUUCAUUCUUCAAACACCACCUUCUGUGGAGCCUUUUCUGAUUUUUCUACUCAUAACAAACCUUCUCUUCUUCCGGCUUCUCUUAGUACUUUGAGACUUUCUCAGGGCAUUUAGCCCGCUCUGCCUUCUGGCUCACAUGUAUGUCUCAUUCAUUAGGUCAACGAUCAAGUAGUGCCUAUUUGUACUAGGCACUGGGGGAUACAGGGUGCUCUCACAGUUUCAGUGGAAGCCUAGAGCUGGGUGGAAUUUUUACAUCCUUUAUUGGACUGGGAGCUUCUUGGAGACAGGACCUGGGUCUGCUCCCAGCUAAGGGCUUGGCAGCAAAAAGUACUCGGAAAAGUUACAUUGAAACUCAGCACCAAUGACUCUGAGAAAAUUGGGUUAGAAUUCAAAGAAAAGUUAAAAGUUAACAAAGGUAGCUCCAGACUAUUUCCAGGAGGGGCUACAGUGGCUCUGAAAUCAGCAGUGUUGACAUGGAAGCCAGAGACAUCCGAGAUCCCCAGUGGAUUGGGCCUGUGGGGUAAGAGGGUCCACUGUCCUCUUCCGGGACCAACUUGGGAGUUAGAUGCAGGACCAGUCUGGACAUUUAUCACACAUUCCAGCCUAAAGGUUUUUUUUGGCUUUGACUGAGCAGACCAUGGAGGCAAGCAGGUUUUCUUGAAGGCCCAGAAAUGAGUUACAAGCCAAGGGUCAAGCUGGUCAGAUGAUUAACGCUACACUGUUUGGGUGGCACAAGAGAAAAGCAUAAUAAUGUGAAUGUCAUUCUUUGUGGAGGGUGCCUGGUUAUCAGAUGCUGAAAUAGAAAAUGUCAUUUGAAUUUUUACUGGGAAUUCUCAUCCAAAUUGUGUCAAUGAUGUAAUAAAACUGAAUGACCGGCCUACCAAAGUGAGUUCUAACCACACACAUAAGCAUACUUAGAAAUUGUAUAGAGCUCAGAAAGCUGCUCUCCUCUGAGGCCUGAGAGCAAGAGCGGCCACUGCAAGGGAUUGGGGUCAGGAAGCACUUUAUUUAUGCACUAUAUACCAUAUUGUUCACUCCAGCCACUCCAUUAUGUUCAAUCUUAUUUUUCACUAUCUGCUUGCCUGUGCAGAAAGAGCUCCAAAUAGUAAAAGUCUCAGUGUUUUCUUUGCCUCUAUUUCCUUUAACGAAAUAAAAUUGUGAAAAAAAUAUAAUAUUAAACAGCACCCAGUCAUUCUCAGAGAGCUACCACACAAGGAAAGAACCACUAUUUCCCCAACUUUUUUGCAUAGUAAAUUACUCUAAAUUCCACCUUCCACCACUUCCCCCAGAAGUUUCGAUGUAGACAUAGGUUUAUUUAGUGAGUUGCAAUUCAGCCUGGGGGUGGAGUGCCAGAAUACAAGUUGCUUUUCCCGAGGGGUAACCCCAGGUCUUGGCGAUAUCCACAGAUAAAUGAGAUGUUGGAAAAUUUGAGAUGUAAUUGCGGGAUUGGACCGGUUUCCCCUUUCCCUCGGCAAAUGGCUGCAGCCAGGUCCCUUUAAGAGACCAGGAACCCGCCGGGCGUCCGAGCCCGAAACGCAUCCUCUUCUCUGCUCCUCCCCUGUCCCCGCGCGCCGAAUGGUUCGCGCCGGCCUAUAUUUACCCGAGAUCUUCCUCCCGGACCGCAAGGAUGUGAGGCUGGCCAGCCGGACACCGCUCGCAGCACGGGACAGGCACGCCGCACGGGCGGACAGCAGUCCGAAGGGACCUCGGGAGCGGAGUCGGACACCCCCGGAGGGAAGAAAUGAGGUAGCGACCGUCCCCAGAGCCGACCAUGCGCGCGCGCCGCCCUCGGCGCCCGGUGCUGCCCCGGUCGAGCCAGCCGGGACAGUGAGCCGGCCGAGCCCGAGUACCCCGCGUCCGGCCGGAGCGAAGAUGCAGUGAGCCACAGCCGGAGUGCUGCGCCGGGCCCGCCGCGGCCAGCGGGAGCAGCGUCUGACUGCACUUGGGGCAAGCAGCUGAUUCUGGGACCAGCCCAGUCGAGGGACUCUCGGUCUUCCGCACCCCUUGGGGUGGGGGAGCACUGGCCCCUGGGCACACUCGCCAUCCAGUUUCCGCAGCUUCUAGUCUCAGCCCAGGGGAUUGUGUGUGUGUGUGUGUGAGAGAGAGAGAGAGAGAGAGAGAGAGAGAGAGAGAGAGCGAGAGCGGGGGAGUUCCACGUUCGCCCAGGAGUUCCUGCAUAUUCUCGCCCCGUCCCGGCUGCUUUGGCCGGGGUCCCCUCUCUUUGCACGCGCGCAUCUUUUUCUCGUUCUACUCUCAUUCCGUCUUUCCUUUUACUUGCCUAAGACUCUUAGUCCUGGUCCUUGCCCGGGCUGAGGUAAAUCUGUGCGCGCUCCCCCCCCCCCCCGGCCGCCCCUCGCAGCUGAAUAUUUUCUUUCCAUUAAAAAUUUUUACCCAUACCUUCUUUGGUGGGGGUCCCCGAGCAUUCUACUCUCUACCCACUUCUCUACCACUGGGCCACUCUCAGCAGAGUUUUAUUUUUCUGUCUUGCCCGGGCCGAGCCCGGCCGGGGCGAGUGGCUCAGCUGGGCUCGCACCCGGCGCUCCGCCGCCGCCGCCCAGCUGCGCGGGGGCGCCCUCCGGAGAUGCUGCCGUGGAAGAAGCACAAGUUCGAGCUGCUGGCCGAGGCGCCGCCACGGCAGGCGUCCAAGCCCAAGGGCUACGCGGUGAGCCUGCACUACUCCGCGCUCAGCUCGCUGGCGCGGGCGUGCCCCGAAGGCGCGCUCAGCCGGGUGGGCAGCAUGUUCCGCUCCAAGCGCAAGAAGCUGCACAUCACCAGCGAGGACCCCACUUACACCGUGCUCUACCUGGGCAAUGCCACCACCAUCCAGGCGCGCGGCGACGGCUGCACUGACCUAGCGGUGGGCAAGAUCUGGAGCAAGAGCGAGGCGGGCCGUCAGGGCACCAAGAUGAAGCUGACUGUGAGUGCGCAGGGCAUCCGCAUGGUGCACGCCGAGGAGCGCGCACUGCGCCGCCCGGGCCACCUCUACCUGCUGCACCGCGUUACCUAUUGCGUGGCGGACGCUCGGCUGCCCAAGGUCUUCGCCUGGGUAUACCGGCACGAGCUCAAGCACAAGGCGGUAAUGCUGCGCUGCCACGCGGUGCUGGUGUCUAAGCCCGAGAAAGCGCAGGCCAUGGCCCUGCUGCUCUACCAGACGUCGGCCAACGCACUCGCGGAAUUUAAAAGGCUCAAGCGGCGGGACGAUGCGCGUCACCAGCAGCAGGAGCUGGUGGGCGCGCACACCAUCCCGCUAGUGCCGCUGCGCAAGCUGCUCCUGCACGGACCCUGCUGCUACAAGCCGCCGGUGGAACGCAGCCGCAGCGCGCCCAAGCUGGGCUCCAUCACCGAGGACUUGCUCGGCGAACAGCAGGAGCAGGAGCUGCAGGAAGAAGAGGAAGAGGAGCACACCGAGGGCUGCCUGGAGGAGGAGGAGGAGGAGGAGGAGGAGGAGGAGGAGGAGGAGGAGGAGGACCGUGUUGGGGAGGAGGACCCGGCAGCGGAAGAGGCCGAGGCGCAGCGGGCGCUGGUGGUGGCCAUGCACUUGGAAUGCGGGGACUUGCUGGACACGCUGGAGAGUGGCCGCGAGGAGGCGCUAGGGGGUGGCGGGGACUCGGUGGGCCCCGGGGCUGGGCCGCCGCCUCUGCUGCUGGGCAGCGCCUCUGACGUGAAGGCCGAGCUGUCGCAGCUUAUUAACGACCUUGGCGAGCUCAGCUUCGGCAACGACGUGCGCAGCCUGCAGGCCGACUUGCGGGUGACGCGCCUGCUGUCCGGCGAGAGCACCGGCAGCGAGAGCUCCAUCGAAGGUGGGGGCCUGGACGCCUCCUCGGCCACCGCCGGGGACCGGUCGGGCCCUGACGACAGCGCGGGCCCAGAGGAGCCCCACUAGGGCUGAGAUCCCAUCAGCCUACUGCGCGUGCCCCUAGCGCCCCACCGUGACUCCCCACGGGUCUUUCGACAACCUCCUUACCCGCAGUUCUCCUCCCCCCUCCCCCAUCCCUCCGCCCCCCUCCCCAGAAGCGGGGAAAUGGGACACUUGAGGCCCAGGGUUACCCUGCCCCUCUCCUUCGGCACAUUUGGCUCUGUUUGAAGAGGUGAAGAGGGCUGAGGUUGCGGGUGGAGACAUGCGAGGGGGCAAACCCUGCACGGAAGGAGAGAGAGGCAGGGGUGAGGCAAGGGCCCGCUGGUUAGCGGGCCUGUUGGUUAGCAGUCCCACAGGCAAGAGGUGCCUGCCGGCCAGUUUCCUGUUUGUGGGGCAGCUGGGGCCUGAGGAGGAGGGGUUAAUUUCCUCUCCACCCCACCGACCCGCCGGAAUAACAGUAACUGGGAGCCGCCUAGCGCUGUCCUUGACAUGUCAUUAAAAAAAAAAAAAAAUCUGCUCUCACAAUGUUUGAGGCUCUAAUGCCACCUCCUUGCCCCAGUCUUUUUGGUGCGAGAGCUUGGGUUGUUUACCUCAGACUCAGACCCUUGAAAUUCUGCCAAAUUCCUCAAAUAACUGUUUAGGGGUUGUGGGGGGGGGGUGGGGAUGAGAGAAAGUUGCAUUUUGUUUACAGUUAAAGACAUCGAAUAUCUGAAAAAGGAGUUUUCCUUUCAAAACACACACUUUACUCCUGCUCAAAAGAUCUCCCUCCAUGAUACUGUGUAAAAUAUUUUGCACUGUUGUGAAGUAUUUUUGACAUUUUUUUUUUGUACAUAACUGUGUUCUCAGAGCUAAAUGUUUAUAUCUUUUGCUGUGCAAAAGGGACAUGUAAAAUGUUGUUCAGUUGUACAUACAGAAAUGUGUAUAAAACAUUUUGUUAUUUUUUAAGAGUAGCCCUGCUCUGGUUCUGUUUGCACGUCCAGCGGGGAGAGAAUAAAGAGGACAAUGUUAACAGAA